CUGUGGUAGUUGUAAUGAUGAAAUGUCAAUCGCAGUUCAAAAACGUAGAAUUUUAAGACAGUAGAUAAUGAAUAACUGGGAAUGUUGUUUCUUCCUGUUUGAAUCCCUGCCGAAAAUACAAAGUCUAGACAAAAGAUAGAGAUUAACCAUGAUGAAAUCAACUAAAGUUGCAUGCUUUCUUCUUCUCUUAUCGUCCUUACCGUCCAUCGUAAAGAUUUGCACGGCAAUUGAUACCAUCAGUACAACUCAGAUUCUCAGAGAUGGCGACACCUUGGUUUCAUCCGGAGGGAGAUUUGAACUGGGAUUUUUCAGCCCAUAUAACACAAAUAAUCGGUAUGUGGGAAUAUGGUACACCAACGUAACUAUUUUCAAAGCAGUUUGGGUAGCUAACAGAGAAAGUCCGGUAACGAGUACAUCAGGCAUCUUGAAGGUCCUCGAGCCAGGUGUGUUGGUUCUUCAGAAUGACACUGGUAACAUCACAUGGUCUCCCAAAACAUCAAGGGUUGCUAAGGCUCCAGUUUUGCAAUUGCUGGACUCAGGAAAUCUUGUCCUUAGAGAAGCAAAUGAUGAUCGUCCAGAGAAUUUUCUCUGGCAAAGUUUUGAUUAUAUAACCGAUAGAUUUCUGCCAGACAUGGAUUUUGGUUGGAACUCUGCAACAGGUAUACAGAACUACCUAACAUCAUGGACGAACAAUAAUGAUCCAGCUCCAGGAGAUUAUACAUAUUCCAUGGAUCUGACGGGAUAUCCACAGAACAUCUUAAAAAGAGGAAAUGUAAUUCUGUGCAGAAUGGGACCCUGGAAUGGUCUUCGCUUUAGUGGGAUACCAAAUUCAAGGCUGGAUCCAACAUACACCUUUGAAUUUAUCACGGAUGAGAACAAGACAUUAUUUAGGGAAGAAACUAUUGACAGAUCAGUUAUUUCAAGAGUUAGUUUGAGUCCGAGUGGCGUCGCACAGCGCUGGACAUGGGUCCAGCGAAUCCAAGACUUGGUCCUUUACCUGAAUAUACCAUCGGAUUAUUGUGAUACUUAUAAAUUAUGUGGUGCUUAUGGUAUUUGCAAAAUAGCAAAUUCUCCUGUAUGUGGAUGUCUGGAUAGAUUUGUACCGAAGGAUCAAGAAGGUUUGGUUAGGUCAGAUUGGUCAAAUGGGUGCAUUCGAAGAACACCUUUGAAUUGCGAAAAGGGUGAUGUAUUUUUGAAGUAUUCUGGGGUUAAAAUGCCAGACUCACGAUAUUCUUGGGUUAACAAGAAUAUGACACUUGAAGAAUGCAAAGUAAAUUGUUUAAAGAAUUGCUCUUGUAUAGCAUACACACAAUUAAGUAUCAACAUAGAGGGAAGCGGAUACUUGUUUUGGUCAGGAGACUUGGUUGACAUCAGAGAUCUAUCUGUAGAUGGACAAGAUGUUUACAUUAGAAUGGCUUCUUCUGAGUGGGGUAAGAAUAUGAAUAUCAAUCAAUACUUCAGUAUUAAUACUUCAAUUAGAAAAGACCUGAUUUUGUUAUCAUUACAUGAAUUCAAGAGGAACAAGAAGAAAAAUAUUGAUUUUGAGUAUCACUUCAUUGGUGGGAAUGGUUCUACUAGGCCUCAGCUUGAUGUUGUAUUACUGGAAAAGGAAGAAAAACUACUCAAACGGGAGAAAAGGAGGGCAACAAUCUCGCUUUUCUUCUCUCUGCUAAAUUAUAUCCUCAUACUAUUCAAGUUUCAGGAGGCCAAAACAAAGACUUUGAACUGCCAUUGUUCAACUUAUCUACGGUUUCAAAAGCCACCAACCAACAACAAGCUUGGACAAGGUGGAUAUGGGCCUGUUUAUAAGGGAGUGCUGGAAAACGGGCAAGAGAUUGCAGUGAAAAGGUUGUCAAAAACUUCCAUGCAAGGAAUUAUUGAAUUCAAGAAUGAAGUUAUCUGUAUCGCCAAACUUCAGCAUCGAAGUCUUGUGAAGCUUCUAGGAUACUGCAUUCAAGGAGAGGAAAAGAUGUUAAUUUAUGAAUACAUGCCCAACAAAAGUUUGGACUUGUUUUUAUUUGAUGAAACAAGAAGUAAAUUACUUGAUUGGCCCAAGCGCCUCCAAGUUGUGAAUGGAGUUGCUAGGGGUCUUAGGUAUAUUCAUCAAGAUUCCCAGUUGAGAAUUCUCCAUAGAGUCCUCAAAGCUAGCAAUAUAUUGCUAGAUACUAACAUGAGACCUAAGAUAUCAGACUUUGGCAUUGCUAAAAGUUUUCGGGGGAAUGAAACCGAAGAUAAGACAAGUCGAGUAGUUGGAACAUAGUAAGAAACUCAUUGAUACAAUGUAUAUUUUGUAUGCUUCUAUUGUUCACAACAUUAAUUCUAACUAAUACUUCCACACAC